GUUCGUUUUCUUUGUGUGUUUUUUGUUCUGUUCUGUUUGAGCUCGUUUCUCCAGCUCGAACGCAGCAAAUGCCCCUGCAGGAGGGGACCGCUGGAUGGAACGGCAGCAGAGACGGAAUCAGUGGCAGGGAGCAACCCGCCAAUCACGCCAAUCUCGUUCCUCGCAUGACCGCGACGACCGCGACGACCGCGACGACCGCCGUUGCAGCAGCAACAGCAGCAGCAGCAGUAGAUUGUCACAGCAGCAGCGAUGGUAGUGCACUGGCACAUCCACUGCUGGGCACUGCUGCGGCCGGCACGCUCGGGCCCUGGCUCGCCUACAAUCUCGCCGCCGCUGCCGCUGUUCCGCAGGGGUUGCCGCUCUCCCACGCCGCUGUUGUGGCCGCCCUGCGCGCUGCUGCUGCAUCUGCCUCUGCCGCUGGUACUACCACGACUGCCACGCAUGCUACCCAUUCUCUGACGACGACCACUACUACAACGACUCCGACGACUGCGAAUAUUCCCGUUGGCUCGGGGUCGACGCGAGCUGCAACCCAAACCGCCGAUCGUCGACACUCCGUCCCUCCGCCGCCGCCGCCGCCGCCGGUGGUGGUGGAAUCACCGCUCUUCUCGUACUUGGCAACCGGAUCCGGUGCAAUGGCUCAGCAACCAAGGCAAUUAGUUACACUGCCGCCGCCCGUGCAAGCGGCACAAAACGCUCAGGCCACCACCUCCGUCCAAACGCCGCUACUACUGUCAGAGGCACCCUUGCUGUCAAUCAUGGACGCGAGCCGUUUGCCAGGAUUGCCGUGGGCUGCGAAAAAUUCAGCUCCAACACGGAUACACAAUCCCAGCAAAGCAAGCAUGCGUGCCAAGCGACAUGCUGCCCGCGAUCUGGCGCUGACGCCGCCCGCUGCUGCGCAUCGACAUUCGCGUCCAGGGGCUGUCGACACUGCAAUGCGCAGCUUUCGCUUGAAAAAGUCGUCCGAGCAAGUCAGAGUCCUAGAAGCCUUCUUUCGAGAGUUUCCAAAGCCGCGCAAGUACCAGGUGAUUGCUCUCUGCAACGACACGGGUUUGCUGCACACAGAGGUACGAAACUGGUUUCGCAACCGACGACUCAAAGAUGCCAAGCUGCGGCAUCUCGGCACACACCCAGAGCCUCAUAGCCAGCCCCAGAGCGGCGCCAGUGACAAUCCCACCCACCUGAUGGCUGGCGAUGCCCAAGGUGCUGCCCAAGGUGCUGCCUUGCUACCAUCAGAUCCAUCCUCACUGCCAGAACGACUUUCCAGCGCUCCAGUCCAAACAACACCGUCGCAUGCCUUUGGAAGCGCGAUGGCUGGCUGCGUCGCACAAGGCUCCUCUGCCUCGUCUGUUGCCGCGCCUGCUGGUGCGGACGAGUUUGAUGACGACGAUUUGGAGGAGUUUGCCAAAUUUGCCGACCACCCAGACUCGGAUUUCGGCCAAUUUUCGCAGUACGGCACGCUGACGAACAGUGCUCGGAACGACAACGAGCUGUACGACUACGACGAAGAGGCGGCGCAAGAUGACGACGACGACGACAACGACGACAACGACGACGAUGACGAGCAAGAAGAAGAUGCUGAGGAUGCUGAAGAUGAUUCCGAUGAGGAUGAGGACGAGGACGAUGACAGUGGUCAAAACCACCUCGCUGAUGCUGCAACCAAAGCGUUCUCCAAGCACCGCUCGUCGAUUUCUUCCUCAUCUACUUGUUCCUCUACGUCCGUUGGCCCAGUGGCAUCUCGAUUGGCCGCCAUCGCCACCAAGCAGCGCUUGUGUGACAUCCCUGGCUUUGGUCGCAAACGGUCGGCCUUUGUCAGCGCCGCGCUUGAGUUUCCUGCUGGGAGCAAGCCCCGACUGUCCAUGCUCAAACACCUGGUGCGGGGCCUCGACAAGCGUGACAAAAUGUUCCUGGCAGAGCUGAUUGCGCCUCCCCGAAGAAGAAUGCAAGGUUUGUCGUCGGAGUCGAACAUUUCCAUCAUAGCCACGCAAGGCUGGUCCGACCUCGAGCAACGCUUUGUACCCAGUCACAAUUCUUUGUCGGCGCAGCCUAAACCAGCAUCCAGCAGUGAAGCACGUAGCACGAGUCUCGCUGCCGGCGCGCUCGACCCUGACAUGGUUCAUGGGUUGUGCGCGUUGUUUGCGGGACAUCGAGAUUAUCUGGUCGAGGUUGCUCGGCGACUCGGGGUGGCCUUUGCUCUGUCGAACGCUUCAAGCAGACUGCUGCAGCAGCACACCCAACCAGAAACGCCUACCGGUCAACCAACCGUUACCGGCUCGCACAUUCCCCCCUUCGCUCACAACACAGACACAGUGAGCAGCUUAUUUAUGGCCUCAAGCUUGCCCAGUCCUUCGAGCAUGUCGUUAAUGUGAUUAGCCAGGGCGUGUUUUAGAAUCAUGUUUCCAUCGGAAAA